AAGGCUGUUUAAAAAGCCUUCUUUCUCAAACAACACCACAAUCAUCUCUCUCUCUCUCUCUCCAAGCUUCUGCAAACUCAAAAAAAGCUUCUCACAACUCUCAUCUUCCAGUUUCUGUUUGUUGUUAAGAAAGAUAUAAACUUGGUGUUGAUUAUGAUGGAGUUGUAGGAUCCCUCUGCAAAUAAUCUUGUAUACUUAUUUGUACUCUUUUCAAAGAGAGAGAUGGGAGAGAUGUCAAGCUUCCAGUUGGGUGUGAUUGGGGCCCUGUUUCUGUCAGUUGCAUCAUCAGUCUCCAUUGUCAUAUGCAACAAAGCUUUGAUGAGCAAUCUUGGCUUCCCUUUUGCCACAACACUAACAAGCUGGCAUCUGAUGGUAACAUUUUGCACCCUCCAUGCGGCGCAACGGUUCAGUCUGUUUGAGAGUAAACCAAUAGACAUGAAGACGGUGAUGCUCUUUGGCAUCCUUAAUGGUGUCUCCAUUGGUCUUCUCAACUUGAGCCUUGGUUUCAACUCCAUUGGCUUCUAUCAGAUGACCAAGCUUGCAAUCAUACCAUUCACCGUAUUAUUGGAAACCAUCUUCCUAAAGAAGCAAUUCAGCCAAAAGAUAAAGAUGUCACUCUUCGUUUUACUAGUUGGAGUUGGGAUUGCCUCCAUAACUGAUCUCCAACUCAAUUUUGUUGGCACAAUCCUUUCUCUUCUUGCCAUCGUCACCACCUGUGUUGGCCAAAUUCUGACAAACACCAUACAAAAGAGGUUGAAUGUAUCUUCAACGCAGUUGCUGUACCAAUCAGCUCCAUUUCAGGCAGCCAUUCUUUUUGUCUCUGGUCCUUUGGUUGACCAGUUUCUCACCAAACAAAAUGUGUUUGCCUUCAAAUAUUCCUCUAUUGUCUCGGCAUUUAUCAUCCUCUCAUGCAUAAUUUCAGUAUCAGUAAACUUUAGCACAUUUCUGGUUAUUGGGAAAACAUCCCCAGUGACAUACCAAGUGCUUGGCCACCUCAAGACUUGCCUCGUUCUUACAUUUGGCUACACACUGUUGCAUGACCCUUUCACUGAAAGGAACAUCAUUGGCAUCUUGAUUGCCAUUUUUGGGAUGGUCUUGUAUUCAUAUUUUUGCACCCAAGAGAACAAAAAGAAGCAGGCUGAUCCAUUGGUGUCUCAGAUGAAAGAUAAAGAAGGGGCACCAUUUCUGGGUCUAGAGAAAGAAGGCCAAGAAGAUAAAAAUGCAGACAAGGAUUCUCAUGUCUAAAAACAAAACAGGAUUUUUGUCAUAAAGAACCAUCUGUCUUUUAAGGUGUUCUUUCAAACAUAUUCUUUAAAUAAGUCACUCAUUUUCUAAAUCAUCUUCUUUCUUUUUUUUCACAGCUUAUAAUUGUAGAAAAUUUAUGGAAUGAUUAGCAAACUGUAAUUUGGUUUCAAAGUAAAUAGCAAGAAAUGUUGAAAGAAGAAA